AAAAAGCCAAUAUGGGGCAUCCCUAACAAUUCAUAUUGUCCAGUUUUUUAUGCUGUGACUGUUAUAAUCUAAUAAAAAUGUGAUUUUUAAAAAUGUCACCUAACGCAUCCGAGAAAAAAAAUGCUCAGGCAACUUAGAAUAGAUGAAAAACAUAAGCAGAAAGACAAACAAGUAAAAAUUGUGUUGUUUUUCAAGCGGAUGUUUUGUUUUGUUUAUUUUAUACUGGACGGGCAGGGUGCUCCCACGAGUGUUGGCCACGAGGUGACGCUGUUCAAUUAAAGGCUGCUCUUACGAGGUUGUUAUUGCCAGAUUCACUUACCCUAAUAUGCUAUGAACAACCCAUUCGCCGUUAACUAUAUUCUAGUGGUAAUUUCACAGUAAAUGUAACUUUUAAAUCUUAAACUAACCAGUGUGGACUUCAACGUAAAGGGGCUUAUACUGGUCGUUGCAUGACAUUUUCAAAACGUGUUGCACUAUACAACAAAUAAUAGUGAUAUAAUUCUUUAAAGUAGGUUAAAGAUACAACAGGUUGUACUCGUGAUUAAUGUUCUAAUCCUUGGGUGAAACGUGUGUGUGAGUGUUUUGGCAUCGAUCCACAACAGCUCCGUGAAGCUCACGCUAUUUAUAUGCUGACACCUGACUUCCUGGAGGUUUCCUGUCAGAACAACAACGGGGCAAACUUCUUCCAUGAUACUGCUCAGCUGCAGUCCAACACAGACGCCAUCAUUACUGCCACAAGGAAGGCUGAAAUUCAAGGUGAACUACAUGUGCAUAGUUCCUGAUUGUGUGUCAGAAGAAAUCAUUACGUUUUCCUGGUGACUGAUUUCAGAGAGCCAGGAUGGACUCCAGGUCUCGCAGGCUUCCCUUCUGCCUGUCCACUUCAAGGUCACCGUACACUUCUAGUCCCACACCGUCCUCCUCAUCACUGGGUUCCAAUAGGCUGUACAGCAGGGACACGGGGCUGAACGAGCGCUUUCCUAGGGUGUCAACAACUUUCAAAGCAGACGUGGACCAAAAGAGUUCCCGCCUCCUGCGCUCAUCCAGAGAUUACAGCAACAUCGACAGCCACAACAGCAGCUGGAAGAUGCCAACCUCUGUCGUAGCGCCCACUCGACCUUACGAGCAUCUGUGGACAGAAUUUUCAAUCAGCAGCAGGACUAAACUGGCUGAUUCUGAUGAGAGGUUAGGUCGGUCCAGUCUGUUGACUUCCAUUGAUGAUGGGGAUUCUAAACGAGCCAAAUUGGCGUACAGCAACAGAGGACUGUACUCAAGAGCGACUACUACGUCCCUUACAGGGUCCACCUACAACAGUAAUGGACAUAACAAUAGAGCUACCAAUAAGGAAAAACAAAGUGAUCCUUUGGAGUCGUCAUGGAGCUCCAGCUGUUUCCUCUCGCGGUCUUCCACCUCCUGUUCAAAGCCACUGUUGUCCAGCAGAGAUGCCGAGACACACAAUGAUCCAAGUCUGUCUGGACAGCGAGAAAGGAGGACGAGGAUCUCUGAGUUGACAUCUUCAUUGUAUCAGACAGAUCGUGUGACCUCCACGUACGCCCAAGGUGCUCGACCCAAAGACACCGCCUACUCCUCCCUUUCUACCGGACGGGAAAGUUCCCCAGGUCAUCAUGUGUCGUCCUCCACUGCGAAUCGCUUUUCUUUGGCCCGCGACUUAAACAACAGACCUUCUUCUCGUGUUUUGACUGGCUCGUCCAGCCGUCCUUCAUCUCAAGAACACGCCGACCACUCCUCUUCCUCCUCCUCCUCCUGGUACAGCACCCCGCCGGCUAGACCAGAGGUUCUGCUCCCCCUGAGACCCGGCCUUACAGGUGCAGAACCACAAGGGCGGUCCUCCACUCGCCAGCUUUUGUCCCGCCUCUUCUCACGCAGCUCCAGCCAGGACUCCUCGAGCAGCUCGUCGACCCUCGAUGAUGACAGUCUGUCCUUGGAAAGUGACGAGGGCUCCAGGAUGACUGCAGUGGAGUCCGACUCUAGAAGAUGGCAGUCCAACACAUCCAGCAGCAAUCACCGCAGAGCAGACCUUGCUCCCAUCCGGGAAAACAAAGACUGCGACAUGUGCGCUGCCAGAAUGCCAUCACCGGGAGAACCUGAUGAGGGCAGUGCUGCAGCCAGCGGCAACUACUCCUGGCUUUCCUCUUCCCUGCGGAGCCGCUGUCCUCCUCUUCUCUGUCGUCUGCGAAGGCACGCUCGUGAUAAGAGCGCCUCCUCACCUGCCAGCUUGGAGGAAGACCUUAGUCGUCCUCAACACCUGCUGAGAAGAUGGGACGACGUUGAGCUGAGAGCAUCGCAGGACAGCAACAACUACGAGGAAGAGGAGGAGGAAGAGUAUGACGAUGACGAGGAUGAAGAAGAGCAAGGUGCAGUUGGUUUAGAUUUCUUUGGGAGCGCCUGUCCUCGCCGGCAAGAGGAGGACAAGGCACCCGAAGUGGAGGACGAUUCCGUUGGCUGGUCACAGCUCCGCAGGGUGCCUCCAUUUCAGAACACCAGCAGCACUCCUCAAGGUGGCACUGAGAGGCCACUGGAUGGCCUCACGUCUCCUCGCACCACCACCACCAGCACCAUCACCAGCAGCAAGCAAGAGAAGCUCCGGAUUAUUAAGGAAAGGCUACUGCUGGAGGAUUCAGACGAGGACGAAGGAGAUCUGUGCCGAAUCUGCCAGAUGAGGGAGGAGUCUGCAUCCAACCCCUUGAUCCAACCUUGCAGAUGCACAGGAAGUCUGCAGUACGUCCACCAGGAAUGCAUCAAGAGGUGGCUUUGCUCCAAAAUCGGCUCUGGCACAGACUUGGAGGCCAUCACAAACUGCGAACUCUGCAAGGAUAAGUUGCGCUUGAACAUCGACAACUUCGACAUCCAGCAGCUGUACAGGACACACGUGCAGUCCGAAUAUGACGACUUCAUCAGCAGUGGUCUCUAUCUGGUAGUGCUGUUGCAUUUUUGUGAACAGAGGUUCUCUGAUGUCCUGGGGGCAGUGGAUGCAGCAGGGUUAUUUAACCUGGUGAGAAUUCUUCCAGAAAACGUGGACAAUCUCGAAAACCCCCACACCCAAAGUGAUGAUGAGAGUGAUUAUGGCCGCCCUUCUAUCGAGUUCUCAGACCUGGACGAUGACCUCGAUGACUAUUGAUGAUGACGACGGGGGAUGAUGCACACAUUAUUGGUUUGAUCACGGCCGAUAAUCACAUGCACAGGAAAUAUUUGAGUUACUGAUUUGCAGAUAUGCAAACGUGAAAUUGAGUUAGUGUUUGGUAAAUAUUGAUUUUCUUUGUAUGAGUGCACUUUAUUCAGUAUAAUCAUCCACAAAUGCAACAGUUAAAAACCGCAAGUGCUUUAAUGUGGGAAAGGGUUUUUGAGGGCUCCACGGAAUAGAGGACAAGAUGGCGGAUUAUGGGUCACUGACUCUUUGUGUCUGCUUUCUUAGUGAGCAUUUAUUUCUAGAGUGACUAACUCGCAUGUUCAUUGUCUUUGUUUCGGUGUUGCAGUUCAAAUGUUAAUGGUUGAAUUUAAGUUUUAUAAAAUGUUAAUGGAUGAAUUUAAGGAUUGUGUUUCAUGAUGGGAAUAAAGACUACAUA